AUGUCCUAUACGGCUCCAUCAGAUCCUAAGAAGCCAAAAAACGUUAAGAUCUCCCAAUUAUGCGAACUCUGUCAUUCAAGAAAAGCAUUGAUCAAACGACCUAAAAACUUGCAAAAGAUUUGUAAGCUCUGCUUCUUUCAUGUGUUUGAAACUGAGAUCCACAAUACAAUUGUUUCUAAUGAACUCUUCCAGCAAGGUGAAAAGGUAGCUGUGGGUGCUUCGGGCGGGAAGGACUCUACGGUUCUAGCCUACCUACUUAAGCUUUUAAACGAAAGACAUAGGUAUGGAAUAAAGAUUGUUCUUUUAAGUAUCGAUGAGGGAAUCGUUGGAUAUCGUGAUGAUUCAUUGGCCACAGUAAAGCGGAAUAAAGAGCAGUAUGAUUUACCAUUGGAAAUAGUUUCCUACCGAGAGCUUUACAAUUGGACCAUGGAUGAGAUUGUGGCGUGUGCCGGUGUAAGAAACAGCUGCACAUAUUGUGGUGUGUUUCGUCGUCAAGCACUGGAUCGUGGUGCUGCCAAGCUUGGCAUCAAGCACGUCGUGACAGGUCACAACGCUGAUGACAUGGCCGAGACGGUUUUGAUGAACAUCUUGAGAGGGGACGUAGCGCGUCUAGAGAAAUCUACAGCCAUCAUGACACAGAGUAGCGGAUCUCCUAUCAAACGAUCCAAGCCUUUCAAGUACGCAUACCAAAAGGAGAUAGUCCUAUACGCACAUUACAAGAAGCUGGACUACUUCUCCACCGAGUGUACAUAUGCUCCAGAAGCGUUCAGAGGUACGGCCAGAGAACUCAUGAAAAACCUAGAGGCAGUACGGCCCAGCUGCAUCAUUGACAUCAUCUAUAGCGGGGAGAAUCUACGACUAAGGCCGAAAAGAGCCAAGAGAGCACCUCCUCAGAGCCACAUCGAAGUCAGAAGUGACGGGUCGGUGUCGCUGCCGUCGCAGGGUUUUGUUGAUGGUAAUCGAUGCGAAAGAUGUGGAUAUCUAUCCAGCAAUAGCAUUUGCAAAGCAUGUAUGUUGCUGGAAGGUUUGCAGAAGAACAGGGCCCAAAUGUCAAUAGACAAGGAUAUCUCUGUCCAUGGGGCAGCCAAGCUCACCAGGACUCUUGAAAAUCUCAGUUUUUAG